CUGUAUAGUACCUAGGUAGUCUUGCUGGGGUCUCUACCGUACCUAUACCUCCAUGCACGCUAAUGUGCUGUGGACUGGCCGCUAAUAGGCGGUACAAGUACAUUACGCCGCCCAACCCCGAGUUUACAGGCUGGCUUUGCUUGCAAGACAACUUUAGGUAUUAAUUCACUCCCCAUACCCUCCUCGCAUCAGAACUUGUCUCUAUUGCCCGAAUCCAGCUGAAAGGAAUUACCGUCGACACAAUGUCUCAGGAUACCGGGCUCUGGAGUGUCCGCCGCCCACGAGAGACUCUGGGCGGCAUCAGUCUCAACACCUCUCUUCCACAGCCUCCAUCCGCAAUGAAGAGGUCCAGUUCGACGAGCGGAAAUGGCGGCUUGGCAUACAACGGCGGCCAUACUCGGUCCGUGUCGGGAUCUAGGCACUCCCUCGCCCUCGGCCGCCCAAGCCAGCCCAUGUUCAAGCGCUCCUCCUCCGGUACCAACCUCGCCGACCCAGGCCUGUCUUCUGUCAAGCGCACAUCUUUCUACAAUAAUCCCGGCUCGGCCUUGAAGAGUUUCCAGCCCAGCAACCUGCCCACGCGGCACUCGGAGAAUGAACGCAGGAGUAGCGUAUGGCGUGCGCGAUCGUCUACGAACGGGCCUGCGAGCCAUCAGAGCUUUUUCCAGCAGGCCCCUCAAGCCGCAGGCGUGCCGCGAGACCCUCGGCCUCUCAAGGAUCGAUCAUUCCAGACGCGAAUCGGUCAAGAAUUGCUGGACUACUUGGCGCAAAACAAUUUCGAGAUGGACAUGAAACACACGCUUUCGCAUAACAUCAUUAAAUCCCCGACCCAGAAAGACUUUAAUUAUAUGUUUCAAUGGCUGUACCAUCGCAUUGACCCGAGCUAUCGCUUCCUGAAAAAUAUCGACCAAGAAGUUCCUCCAAUCCUAAAACAACUGCGUUAUCCGUACGAAAAGGGCAUCACCAAGUCUCAUAUUUCUGCUGUUGGUGGCCAGAACUGGAGCACCUUCCUGGGUCUGCUUCACUGGAUGAUGCAGGUAGCACGAAUGCUCGACGGGUAUGCAGCACACCGAUAUGAUGAUGCUUGCAUAGAGAGUGGAGUUGAUGUAACCGGCGAUCGCAUCAUGUUCGACUUUCUGUGCACGACAUACCAAGAUUGGUUAGCUAUGGAUGAAGAUGUAGCAGAUGAAGAUGUGGAGACGGUGUUCAAGCCACAUAUAGAUGCGAUGGCCCAAGCUUUUGAGCAGUCAAGAUCAAAAUAUCUAUCCGAACUAGAAAUGCUUGAGGAGGAAAAUGCUCGCCUAUUAAGAGAAAUCGAAGAUCUCGAGAAGUCGACUCCAGAUCCCAGAGCUUUGGAUGACCAAUAUGAAAUCAUGAAGGAUGAUAGAGCUAAAUUUUUAGAGUUCAACUCCUUAACGGAGACAAAAUCUGAGAAACUGGAGACUCGCAUACAGAUGCUACAAGAAGCGCUAGAUAAGCUACUGCAAGAGUUGGGAGAGGCAGAUGAAGAGCGCCGAGGAUUACAGAAAGCAGUUGACGACCAAGGGAUUAGCAUGCAGGAUAUCGACCGCAUGACCUCGGAACGGGAGAGGCUGCAAAAAGGGAUUGAAGCGGCGACGCAAAGACUCGAUGAAGGCAAGCGGCGUGUCGCAGAGAAAGAAAUGGAAGCAAGCCGCAAGCUCGAUGAGCUCGAGAGGCUUGUGGACAAGUAUAACACUCUCGCUUAUCAGAUCGGUUUAAUUCCAGCAUCGGCCGCAAACGCAAAUGGACAAGACUACGAGCUCGCUGUAACAGUGAACGAAUCUGAUUUUACGGGAUCUAUGGUGAAAGGCUCGUAUUCCACCGGAACGGGAACUGAACGGUUGUUGGCGGACCCAGUAACCGGUUACCAGCCUGCCCAUAUUCUCAACCUGGACUUGCGCGGACAAGUUAAGAGCAGCUUCUUAGCGCUACGAAGGGAGAUAUCAGAGAGGAGAACGGAGGCUAUGGAUGCGAUGAUGAAAGAUCAUGAGCUUCUCGACGGCAUUAAGGAAGCAAUUGAGGACAAGCGCAAUGAGGUAGAGGCCCUCGAACACAGGGUCCGUGCCGCAGAAGAAGAAUACGAGAAGACAAAGGAGGUGACAACGACGCAGAAGCUCGCUUCUGACGCACAGAUUGAGAAGAUGGAAAAGGAGCUUGCAAAGAUGCGCGCUCAGCUUACAGAAUCUGUGCAGUUGUUGGAGCAAAAAGAAAUGAAUACAAAUAUCGAAUAUGAACAAUUAAAACUUCGAGCAAGUGCGCUGCGGGAAGAGCUGCAUACAGAGGUCGAGAGGAUACUGAUCGACGUGAUCCAAUUCAAGUGCCACAUACAGAAAGGCCUCGAGGGUUAUGAUGAGUUUGCUAGGCAAGAGUUUGAAAAGGAACUCUGUGGCGGCGAAAGGGGAGACGAUGUCCCUGAGGAUGAGCUGUGAUGAAGAUGUACUUGAGUUUUGCGGUCUGGGUUUCGUUAUGUUUGCAUCAGGCGUUUUCUGUUGGGUUGCGUUAUAACGAUGCCUCUAAAGUGAGCGCUACAGAGUUGUUUUGACGCGAUGGGCUAUGACACAAUUAGAAACGACUGCUUUAUCAUGAUACCUACCUACCUACUUACUUACUCCUUUUG